CACUGCUCUGGCAGGUAUGAUCGACGAGACACGCGUCUUUGAAUACAGAUCAAGGCACUUUGCGUCUUGACGCACACAGAGCUCCGGACUUUUACGCACACAAGUGUUUUGGAAUUCUUCAAGAUCGUACACAGCAUCACUUCAGGCAUGAAGCUGGAGGUGUUGUGCGGGAGCCACUAUGACACCACGAAGCAUUUGGAGGUGUCCAGUGAUGCGGAGGGGAACGCGCGCUCUCCUCUCUGCGCCGAGGAGGAGCUGGGCUCGGAUGGGGACUGCGUGGCGCACAGCCCUUCACCUGUUACCCCGUGCGGAAGCAGCAAGUCCAAGCCCUACACACGGAGACCGAAGCCCCCGUUUUCUUACAUCGCUCUCAUCGCCAUGGCCAUCCGGGACUCCCCCUCCGGGCGCCUGACGCUGGCCGAAAUCAACGACUAUCUGAUGAAGAAGUUCCCUUUCUUCAGAGGCAGCUACACCGGCUGGAGGAACUCCGUGCGACACAACUUGUCCCUAAAUGACUGCUUUCUCAAAGUGCUCCGGGACCCCUCCAGACCUUGGGGAAAGGACAAUUACUGGAUGCUCAAUCCUCACAGCGAGUACACGUUUGCGGAUGGAGUCUUCAGGCGGAGGAGAAAGCGCAUUAACAAAAAGUUCGGCAAGGAGGAGGGGAUGUCUGAGGAGCCGCAGAGGCUCCACCAGCCUGGCCCGGCCACCGGCACGGACUCCUGCCCCAAGUUCACCAGCUCGUUCGCCAUUGACAGUAUCCUCAGCACGCCGUUCAAGAGAGACUCGCACAGAGACGCGCUGCCCGCGGUGCCCGCCUUCACCUGGACGCGCUACGGCGCGCUGAUGAUGAAUCAUUCCAACACACCUGCCUCAUUUCCAUACGUUAAGGCGCCCUACCACGUGGACGCGGCCGUGGCGCACGUGCCCAACAUGUAUGCGAGUCGGCUGCACGCGCAUUACCACACAUGAAAGCAGACUCUGUUGUAUUGAGUGCUGAGAAGUUCGCUUUUGAGCUCUGGAUUUACAGAACAAACACCAAAGACCGUAAAUCUUUAACUUUUUAUUAUUAUUAUUAUUAUUUGGGACUGAAAUGGAUGCGGCAUUAUUGUGGUGACAUGGUGUUUUCACGUUAUUUUUGUAAACUUUUAAAAAUGUUAUUUAAUUUUCAGUUGUCCUAUGUGUUACUGAAAAAGACUAUUCACUCCAUUUGUUUAAGAAAAGUGUUAAAAUGUGCACUUUGACUGUUUCUGUUCCCCUUUCUGUCAAACCUUAAUAAAAAAAAAAAAAAUGAAUUAACUCGUGUCCGUGCGUUUUCCGUUUGCUGCACUCGAAUUACAGAGCAGUCAACGAUGG